CACCGAUUGGACAGAGGUACGCGACGAAUGGCGGAGGUGCUGAGGCGAGUGCUAAACCGAGGCAGCGCGGCUGGGAUUGCGGAGAAUACGGCUGAGUCUGGACCGCCUUUGUUGCUGCUCGGUGCUCCAGGUUCUGGAAAAACAGCGCUGCUAUUUGCCGCGGCCCUGGAAGCAGCAGGAGAGGGUCGAGGGCCUGUCCUAUUCCUGACCCGGAGGCCUCUUCAAAGCCUGCCCCGUGGUACUGCACGAACACUGGAGCCUUGGCGGCUGCAGAAGAUUCGCUUCCAGUAUCCGCCCUCAACGCAAGAGCUGCUCCAGGUCCUGUGCUCUGCCCAUGAGAGCACGGGCCCGGUGCCCUCCCUUCUGCUGCUCGAUGGCUUGGAGGAGUACCUAGCAGAAGAUCCGGCGGGCCAGGACACGACCUACCUGGCCGCCUUGCUGCUGGAUACGGCUGCCUACUUCCGCCAGCGAGCUGGCCCCAGCCGGCAGUGCGGGCUCAUAGUGACCCUGCAGACCCAGGAGGAGGCAGAUGGCGGGGAGGCCCUGCAGAGGGCGCUGCUCCAACGUUACUUUCCGGCGCAGUGCUGGCUGCAGGCCGAUGAAGCCAGCCCGGGAGCGCAGGGCUUCCGAGUGGGCCUGGAGUCAGGCGGGCCGCGCCCCAGGGCAGAGUGGCUUGUGACUUUCAGACCCGAUGGAGAGAUGACCAUCACCUCGAGGCCUAAUCAGACAAGGGAGCCCAGCCUCGACAAGAGUUCGAGCUCCAGGGGUCAGCUCUGAGCUUUGCAAGGUGACAACCUCUCCCUGCCUCAGUUUACCCCGGGACAGGUGCAGAAGCAAGACCUACAUAAGGCAGAGUGUUUUUCUCCUUAAAAGCUCGAAUUAUAUGGCUUGGAGGUGUAGCUCCGUGGUGAGUGCUUGGCUAGCCCGUGUGAGGCCCUGGAUUCCAUCCCCAGCGCAACAAAAACUUGCAUUAUUGUAUGCAUGUUAUUUUCAAGCAACUUUUUUUUUACUGUUUUGAACUAUAUAAAGAAUUUCAUUAUAUUUAUAA